GGUUCCCUCGGUAAGAGGUCUCUUGAAGAACAGCGAACAAAUUCGACAUCGAUAUCUGCAGCAGCAUCUGCCUCAAUUAGCAACGGCACUACACCGACGACUUCAAUAGAUAGUACGAACAAGCGCCGCAAAAAGUUGACUAACUAUCUUGUGGAGAACUCAGCACCUGUUAUAACAUUGCAUGAGGUUAUAGCGAAGUGGGAAGUUGCUGGCACAACAAUCUCCGAGAAACUGCUAGAAUACCGUCAAGCAACAAUCGUGAAAGCAGAAAGUAAAUGCCUCGAUACGUAUCAAGAGGAAUUUUCGGUCAACAGUAUUUUUCUACUCAAUGCCAUUCACAGCAUAUAUCCUAGCUCAUGCUUAGAAUACGGCUUCAAAUCUGCCAUGUGGGAAGCCAUAACUGAAGAAUGCCAUGAACUGUACCCUCUCGAACAAUUGUCAGAUUCAAUUGAAGCUACAAUCAGCAAAUUUGCAAAGGCUACAAAAAGAAAAUAUGCGCAGUGUACCGAGAUCAUCGAUAGCAUUCCUCACGGCAGAAGCGAUGAUACAAGAUGUAUCAAGGAGUUGCUGCGAAACAUGUACGUUACCUUCAUUACCGACGGCAGGGCACAUCGCGAAAAAACAGAAAGCUCUGGAAAAGGGGGUUACCAGUUUUCGGACCUGUCGGUAAAUUUCGAAUAUGGCUUAAUGCCAAAGCAAGGUUUGUUGAUCGUUGAGAUCAAACCACCGCACAAAGUCCGCACUGGCAGCAGACCCGACUUAGUCAAACUUGCCAAUGAGAUGAAAGACUCAUUGGACAAGAUGGUACAAGACGGCGUCGACAAUCCUAAAAUCACGAUUUUAGGGUUACUAGUAGAAGGCUUUCGAUGUACACUAUUUGUCAUGGAUCUCAAGUACCAAGCAGUGUACCGUUUGAUCCCACUUGCAGUUUUUUACAUCCCCCGCGAUUUGCACGAUUUUGACGUUCUCUCCAGCAGCUUCGAAGCAUUGGUAACCAUGCGGCAAAUGGUCUCGGCUAAUGCCAAUCUGUGCUUUGACUUUCACAGAAACAAAAAGCGAGAGAUCAUCCGCGGAAAACAUAUAGUCCAAUCUUGCCGCCCGAAAAAUGGUGAAAAAUAAGAAAGGUCGAUCCGUCCUAGGAUCAUGGCCCGGCAGAUAAUACAUAGCACACUUCACAUAUAUCCUAUCACAGACUCAAUAUUUCAUUUCUACAUUGCCGAAAAUAUAUCAUAUCUAUCUACUACCAC